CGGGAGCAGCCACCGAGCUCAUGCGAGGGGGCGUCCGGAAAUCGUCAGCGUUCUGCCGCGAGCUCCAAACCGGCCGAAUCUGCAGUGGCGCGUGACGUCUUCUGACGCGCGGCGCUUCUGCUUGUUUGUUUACCGCGCGAGCGUAGCACGGCGGCCGGCGUGAAAAUGUAAUGCGGAGAAGCUUCCCUUCUCUUAUUCUCCCUCUCACCCCCCACGGGGACGGAAUGGACUCGACCUACUCAAUCAUGCACUUCAGCAUACACUGCAAAGAGCACGCUUUCACCUUUAGGAUUGUCUCUGCUUCUUGAAGUCACCCUGGAAUUCUCUCGUGGAUAACGCAGCGUUCCUCAUCCUCCGCUCUGACGCGUGUGGGAGGAAGAAUGAUCCCGUCGUGGCUAAAGGAUGACCCCCACGAGAACAACCUGGAGUCGUUACCACUGAUAAGUUGACAGAGUCCUGUGAUGAAAAUUUCACUGUGACACAUGUGUGGAAAUACACUAAAACUAAGGCUAACGAAGGAGUACAAAAAGGAUUGUGGAUCAGCAGAAACUGAGAAAAAUACCCUUAAUCGACAAUGACUAUUAGGACCUGAAAAAGAAACUGAUAUGUUGAGUUUUUACUUGAGUUCAUUGACUUUAUUAGUAUCUUGAGAUCUGAGUGUGGCGUUUUAACUGACAGGACUGAUACAGAAAUACAUCCCUAGAUGUACUUCUCUAGAUAGCAGUGAUUUCCAAUGUUUCUGAACCUGUGAACAACCAGGUACAAAGGGAGGUUUCAUCCAUACCAUGAAUCCUAGAGACAGCGUAGAGCUCAUGGAGACCCAAGAGAAGCUGACUGGCAAAAAAGCCAACACUGAAAAGGAGUUUCAAGGCGAGGAUGACAAAAUCCCAGAGGCAUACAACUGCAACAUCUGUGGACGCAGCUUCCCUUUCCUCAGCUCGUUCUCGCAGCACAUGAGACGCCACACGGGCGCACGCCCUUAUAAAUGUCCCUACUGUGACCACAGGGCAUCUCAGAAGGGCAACCUCAAAGUCCAUAUCCGCAGCCACAAACUGGGCACGCUGUCCAGCCACCACUCUAAUGAGGACGAAGAGGGCGGAGCAGAGGAAGAGGAGAUGAAGGUUUCCGAGGGUCUGGAUGGAGGCACCAGUCCAACUAAGAGCAGCUCUGCCUGCAACAAGAUGAUCAACGGGGAUGUCGGAGAGGAGAGUCGAAGGAAAAUGCCUGCACGGAGCAUGAAAAGAGAAAAGUCUGUCAGCAACCAGCGGCCGUAUUGUUGCCGCCUGUGUGGGUACGAGGCCCUGCGGGAAGACCAGCUCCUGAGCCAUAUUGAGAAAGUUCACAUAACAGCAGACGCAGAAGAGGACACAGUUACGGUUAAGGAAGAGGUCAUUACCGAGCCUGAUACCGUCCAGCCGCAAUGCGAUGGGACAUUCCCCUGCGAGACCUGUGGCCAGGUGUUCAGCCAGGCCUGGUUUCUGAAGUCACACAUGAAGAAACACGCCGGAAUCCUUGACCACUGCUGCCGAAUAUGUGGAAGAAGGUUCCGCGAAGCUUGGUUUCUCAAGUCUCAUAUGAAAACCCACAAUACCAGGUCCAGGUCUCGCUCCAAAGCAGAUUCGGCAGAGCCUCCCACCACUAUAAAUGACGUAGCACAGGAUCCCGACAUAACGACAACUUCUGUUACAUCUGUCUAUCAGAUGUGCUCGAAAUGUGGGAACCUUUUCCACAGCAAAGAAAGCCUGAGAGCCCACGAUAAAGUUCACAGUCCUAAUUUUGGCAGAAAAUCCCCAGUUCACUGCAGGUCUACUGAUGAUGUGGAUUCACCAGCUGCGAAGAGACGUCUCCUGGAAUACUUUAACCUACAAUGCGUUGAGGGAAAGACGCCGGGUGAAGAGGAGGACAGCGAGAAAAGGACUCUUGGUCAAAGAAUUCCAGAACUAGAUCCAGUUUGCAGCUACCAGGCUUGGCAAUUAGCCACUAAAGGAAGAGUUGUGGAGCCAGUGGAGCCAAGUUACAAACUUUCAUAUGGCGGAGGGAGCAUGGAGGACGAAGCCCUUACUGAUGCUGCAGUGGUUUAUGAGAAGGAGAACAGUCGUUAUGUCUUGCAAGGCCAAGAAAAACGCAGCUCAGGGAGACGCAGCAGUUCAGGGUUGGGAAGCCACACAUCUUCAGGCGACAGGACACCGGAGAGCCUCAGCGACUCAGAGUACCGCCCUUCAAGUCGACAGGACAAACGGCGACCAUCCCAGUCACAAGCGUCUUCUUCCAAGUGCAAAGAGUGCUUCGAGUGUGGCAAGAUGUUCCGCAGCCGCCAUCAGAUGAUCGUCCACCAGCGGGUUCAUAGGAAGGAUGGCGGCAGGGCGCCAGCGGGAGACAAGGAAAGAACUGGAAGGGAUAAUCAGUGGGGACCUACCAGUGACCCGGAGUCCGGUUCCCCCAGCAGACCCAGCACCCCAGGGUAUGGAGAUUCCCCACCUGCGUCGACGCUUGGAGAUCAGGCUUCUGAGAUGGGAACCUCGAACUCUGGAGAAAUUGAAGAUGAAAAACCGUACAUCUGCAGCCUUUGUGACUUUGUCACCGCAGAUUCACAGGCUUACUUCACCCAUGUUCGUGUACAACACCAGGCUGCCUCCAAAGACAGACCCAGCCCUGUCCCCAGUCCCAGCUCCACCUCAGACAGAGGGUCCCUCAGCAGUUAUCCCAAAUUUAAGAAAGCUUUUACUCCAGGGCUAAAAACCUCUCCGAAUGCUUAUCUCUCUGCUCGUCCUUCUUCAUCUGAUCCUGCCAUGAUCCCGAUGGAUUUAUGUGUGAGAGCCAAUGGGAUCAGGGGCGUAGCCUCCAUAACUUUAGAUAAAAAGAACCUCCCAAGCCAUAAGUGCUCCUUCUGCUCUCACUCCACCCGCUACCCAGAGGUGCUCUGGAUGCAUCAGACCGUGGCUCAUCGCAUCAAUAGCAGCAGCUCCAAUCUGGCUCCGAAAUGGGCUAUUAAGAACAACUCUAAGACCUCCAGGAACAGCUCUUCGUCCUCAAAGAGACGCACCGGACCUCCACCCGUACUGGAAGGGAAGGAAUGUCAGCCGCUCCCUCCGACGGUGCAGAGCCAGCGGACGCGGCCUCCUACCUGCACCAGUGAGGUUGUAAAAAAGAGCAGGCCGGUCAGUCACGCAGUCACCCCGUCAUCAUCUUCUACGCCUUGUACACCAUCCUCAAGAAUCUCUUCAUCCGCAGCUGGCAAGCAGGUUGGGAGAGUCCCCGUGCGGCCAGUUAGCAGCAGCAGCAGCAGCACCAGUAAACGUAUGGACGACCAAAGUCAGCGCUUCAGACCCAAGGCGGAAAUCUAUCCUCGUGUCAGUGCUCAGGCACCUUCUGGCUCUUUGGAGAAGAACACCGGGAGCCGCUCUCGACCGCCUGCAUCAGGCCUCAGCUCCUCCGGACCAUCCAGGAUGGCAGACCGCUACAUGAUGCCUCAGGAGGGCCUGGGCUUCAUGCUGUCCAACCAACACAGCCUCUCAGAAUACAGCCGAGCUCGGGGCUCCCCUCAUCAACCUCAUCAAUCCCAAAUCCACAGUCGGCCAACCCCUUCAAGACCCAUCGCCAUCAACCACUGUUUGCCCACAACGCACAACUACGGCAUCUCCCAGACACAGGGAGCCGUGGCGCAGGCCUCUUCCUCCCCCUCAUCGUCUUCGAUACCCUCAGAGAGCCGUAGGGAUGUGAAGCAAGAGCCAAUUGGAGAGACACCAGACACCUCAACUGACGUCCUGGGCUACCUUAAGAAAUACAACCCGCACAAUCUGGCUCCUUUCUACCACCACUGGGGUGCGGCCAACUCUCUGAUGGACCCUACAGGGAUGCUGAGGUCUCUCAUGCGGCAGGGCCAGUGCUUCUGCCGCGAGUGCGGGAAAAGCUUCAGCCAACCGAGCCACCUGCGCACGCACAUGAGGUCCCACACAGGGGAAAGGCCAUUCUGCUGCCAGCUCUGCCCAUACCGAGCAUCUCAGAAAGGGAACCUAAAGACGCACGUGCAGAGCGUCCACCACAUGCCUUUCGACAACAGCCAGUACCCCGACGCGAGGAGCUCGUCCCUGAGCCAGGAGGAGCGGAAACCAGCGGCGGCCAAACACGUACCAAAUCUGCAAUGACGCCGACGACAGACCUUACUGUGAUUAACUGGACCGCAGCCUCGGCACAGACGACUCCUGAAACUGAAACCCAAAAUCCGAACCUACACUCUUGAUUGACUCGUAAUUCUGGAGGAAUAAAGGUUCUUUUAGGAUUUCUUAAUGUUUUUUUUUUUUCUUUUGCGAAAAGGCCUGCCAAGAUAUGUAAAAUUACAUUUAAAAAAAACAAACAUGAGUCGGAAAAAAAUUUCUGACGACGACAUGAAAAGACGUACAAGCUGAUUGCGAGCAAAUGAAGAUUGAAAAAUCUUAAGUGUCUUCUCAGCUGGACUCAACAAAUUUGAAAUCCUUUGCGACGUUUCGGUCAUCUUUUGGACAUAAAUGCUUGUGUCAUUUCAAACAUUCCUGAAUCUUUUUUUGUUGCUGUCAGAAUUAAGAUCCCUCUCUUGCUUUCGUGUUUGAGGUGUACAGUUGCCAAGUGCAGCCUUAAAGAAACAAGUCAAGUGUCUAUAAAGACACAAAAAAGUCAACUCAUAUGGAGCUGGUUUAAUCAAAAACAGUGGAAGUACUUGAUGGCCACCGUUGUCCCUCAAGCGCUCGCUUUUUGGCUUCGUUGUACAUGAGUAUGGACAAAUCGACAGCAGAAGAGGAUGCCCUCUGGAUUCGAGUUUAGAGGAGGACAAAUUACAAUCUGCUCACCACAACUUCUUCACUGUGGGAAACUGAGGCGCACAAGUCGCCACUUAGAAGCUGCAGGGAGGGGCGGGAUGAGAAAGGAAGAAAGAGAGAACGCUAAAGGCGAUGUGUGCUUAAGUGCUCAUUAAGAAAAAAAGAAGGAAAGAUGUGUUUUUAAUAACCAAUAUGAAUGAGCAUCCCAUUCUUAAGGCCAUUCAUUUAUUGUCCAUUGAGUUUUCUUUAUAACCUGUUCAUAAAAAAUUUCUGGCUCUAAAUUAGACCGAGGCUUCAACGUCAAGAAUAGCAGGGAGGAGUUGGCUCCAAAUUUUAUUUUAUUUAUUUAUGUGCACUUGGAAAAAAAAAAAGAAGAAGAAAUUGGUACUAUUGAAAAAUAACCUCUCCUACAAGAUACACUUGGACUUUUCUGCAUAUUGAUCUGCAAAACGACCUACGUGAUGACAUCAUGGUCAUAAUCUCGUUAUGCUGGGUUUUAAAACAAAUCGCAUUUUCAUUUUAUGAUUUGCGCCGUCAGUUUGGAGAAACGUAGCGUUGAUUAAUCUGCUGGUUAUGAAUAAGACCUGACACAACCUGGUUAUACCGGGAAGGUGACAAGUAGUGACAAUAUGUGAGCUUUUGUCAAAAGUAAAGAAACUGGACAGAAAAUAUCUAAUACGGGAGAAGAACAAUCUAAAAACAAACCAUCAGUGUAAGCUGUAAGAAAAACCAUAGUUUUUCUAUGGUAAAACUAUUAAAGUUCAAUCAUUUAACGUUGGUUAUUUCAGGAAACGUGGUAUUUCUGUUGUAGCGGUUAAACUAGAGAUACACCAAUUGGUGAAAAGAUGCAAGUGAAAUUUUCAAUUUACACAAUUUUGUACAUGCAUUCAAAAUGUUUUUACCCUUCCUGGCGGGAGCAGUUAUCGAUUACUCAAAUAAGGAACGGAGGGGACGUCACACUGUGUGCAAGGUUACUCUUAUUCUAAAACAAAGAUCAAAUGAUUCCACCAUAUGUAUCCCACAUCUGUUCGAAGGCCGAAUGCACUUUCAAAUCCUUUAAGCGCUCACUGAUACUGAAACUAGCCUACUUUGAAACGUCUUCCUUAGGUAGCAACUUCCACACCAAAGAGUGUUGUUGUUGCUGAUGAACGAUGGAGGCCAGUCCCGGUCAUUCAGUGCAUCUCUACGGUAGAUACAACUCAGUACCAUUCAACCCCUACAAAAGCUGUGUUUUGUUCAAUUUUACUUUCAACUGUGCCUCAUUUGCAAAAUAUUGAAAAAAUAUAUGUAUAUUUUUAGCUAAUGUCAACAUGAGAAAUGAGGACUUACGUAAGCAUGCCAAUCCGUAACGACAUGUUGAAAGAUUUGAAGAGACAACAGAACCACUCUCCAAUGCUGUGGGUCCGGUUCUGUGAAUGAUGAUGUCUAGAUCUGUAUUCUGCUGAUAGGAGGUCAGCAGUCAGAGGUCAGGAGAUGAGAUUUCUUGAGAUUUUGGGGAUAUAUACAUCCGGAGUUGGUGAGAGGGGAGGCUUAUUUUGAAGCCCUCGGAGACAUGGAGCUGUCACAACCUUAACGGGGGUUAGUGUGGGUUUAGAUUGUCACCUUUCCAAACCUUCUAUUUUCUGCAUCUCCGUCUCGAUGUUCUUUAUACUCUCCUACCUCCUUCGCAAUGAAAGCCUGUUAAAAGUUUAUCGCAAUGAAGCUGAACUCAUUAGCUCUGCUCACUUUUCACCCUUAGAACAACAACAAAAAAAAUCCCUCACUUGAAAUCAGGCAUGCCUGGAUGAAACGAGGAAACGACAAAAGCGAAAGCAGCUCCAGACUUUUUAAGAGCCGACUUCCUGGACUGAGAAAUCUGAACGGCAAAGCUAACGAAAAGGCGUUUUGUACUCUUGUUUCAAGACGGCAGUACUUUUUACAUGCUUGUAGGUUGUCUUUUUUUGUAAUGCAUACAAUGCCAUGUGCUUGAAUUUGCCUAAUUUAUACACACGUGGGUGUGUGUGUGUAUGCGUGCGUGUGUGUGUGUGCGUGUACAGAAGGCGUGGGUAGUUAAAAUACUUGAAAUGGAUCCUCUAGCCUUUGGGGGUAGUAUAGUACUAAUACCAAUGUUGUACAGAAUUCCCUUUAAGAUUAACUCCUCAGAGUUUGUACUCCAAAGUGUGACUUAGAAAACUGUAAAGCAGGAGUGAGUGUGUGUAAAAACAAAGUGUAUCUGUAACCCACUUUUACCAAACCCUUUAUAAGCAGCAGUAGAAACCAAAUGGCAUUACUAGUGCACUUAGGCUAGGUUAGCGCUUUAACUAGUUUCAUUUGUCUCCACGUACAGUUAAGAUUUCUUUGAGAACGUCUCCCUCUUUUUUUUUAAAAUUGGUGCCGGCUAACAAACUUCAUUGUCAUUCUUGAUAUAGAUGCUUUUUUUUUUUUUAUUAGAAUGAUUCCAGAUAUUCCAAUGAUUAGAAGAAAAAUAAUAAUGAAAUAAAGAUUUAUCACAUGACGGCUGUACAGCACAGCUUUUUAGUGUGUUCUCUAUGAAAAGAUGGAUAUUGCUAGCUACAACUGUGCUUUUUUAAAAUAAUUUUGUCAUUUCUUUUUCAUUUUAGAGCUUAUUUUCCCUAAACUGUAGAAUUUACUCAUUAGCUAGUCAAAGCAGUCACCCCAGAGGGACUGGCAGGUGUUUCUUUUUGGUUGUUUUUAAAAAAAAAAGUUAUUUUCAUGCCUAUUGUAUUGUGUUUUUUUUUUUUGUCUGUAUUGCUGUUUUUUUAUAACUUGUUUUGGUCUAUGAUUAAUUUACCCUAGGAAACAUUAUUAUUCCAAAUGUACUUGGUUGAGAUCUGUAUUUAUUAUCACUUCAAAAACGAUGAGAGGACAGGAGCGAGACGGGGGCCGUUUGAUUUCAUUUGAUUUUUCCAGGUUGGUUUUUUUCUACUGUGUAGUUUCGUUUUGUUUUUUUCGCUUUGUUUUUGAAGCCAGCAAGCCGUCGUGAAAGCUCUACCUCGUCUGAGCCGUUCUCAGUUCUGUUACACUUUUGUACAUCGUUUCAGAAAGAUGUAACAUCAUGUCCACAAUAAAGAUCAAUACGCAAAUAUGG